UAGCAAAAUUAAGAGAAUUUGCUAAUAAUGUAUUGAAUAAAGAAACAAUACAAGAAGAAUGGUCCAAGAAAAAGGAUCAAGAAUUAGAACAAAAUAAAGGAAACUAUGAUGAAGGAAUAUCAACAAUACCCUUUAGAAUGCAAUUUGAAGAACCAACUAUAAUAGAUUUAGCUGAUCAGAUGGGACGCAUGACAAUACAUGCUCAAAAUGAAAAACCAAUUAAUAAGGCACAACAAAAAUUGAAUGAACAAUUAAUUGUAGAUGUGCAAGAAGAAAUUAAAAGCUUUAAAAAAACCAAUGGAAUAGUUCCCAAAAAUAGAAAAGAGAAACAAAAAGAAAUCCAAACAACUAUACCAGACACUCCUAGAAUAGGAAGAUUUGUAAAAGAAAAUCUUACACAAUUGGAAAGAUUAAGAUAUAGACUUCAAACUAUUGAAAAUAAUUACAAAUAUGUGUCAAACUUACCAGAUGAAGAGUUAGAAAGUCAUCUAGGAACA